UGGCUGAGGGGAGGCGGCGGGCAGGCGCGAUGGCGGAGGCCGGGCCACAGGCGCCGCCGCCUCCGGGUACCCCAAGCCGGCAUGAGAAGAGCUUGGGACUUCUCACCACCAAGUUCGUGUCGCUUCUGCAGGAGGCCAAGGACGGCGUGCUUGACCUCAAGCUGGCAGCUGACACCCUAGCUGUGCGCCAGAAGCGGCGGAUUUACGACAUUACCAACGUGCUGGAAGGGAUCGGAUUGAUCGAGAAAAAAUCCAAGAAUAGCAUCCAGUGGAAAGGCGUGGGGCCUGGCUGCAAUACCCGAGAGAUUGCGGACAAGCUGAUUGAGCUCAAGGCAGAGAUCGAGGAGCUGCAGCAGCGGGAGCAAGAACUGGACCAGCACAAGGUGUGGGUGCAGCAGAGCAUCCGGAACGUCACAGAGGACGUGCAGAACAGCUGCUUGGCCUACGUGACUCACGAGGACAUCUGCAGAUGCUUUGCUGGAGACACCCUCCUGGCCAUCCGGGCCCCAUCAGGCACCAGCCUGGAGGUGCCCAUCCCAGAGGGCCUCAAUGGGCAGAAGAAGUACCAGAUUCACCUGAAGAGUGUGAGUGGCCCCAUUGAGGUGCUGCUGGUGAACAAGGAGGCAUGGAGCUCACCACCCGUGGCAGUGCCUGUGCCACCACCCGAAGAUCUGCUCCAGAGCCCACCUGCUGUCUCUACCCCUUCGCCUCUGCCCAAGCCUGCCCUGGCCCAGCCCCAGGAUGCCUCACGCCCAAGCAGUCCCCAGGUGACCACCCCUAAUCCUGUCCCCGGCAGCAUGGAAGCCCCAGGGGUGGCCAGUCCAGCUGCUGAGAUCACAGUGAGUGGUGGCCCUGGAACCGAUAGCAAGGACAGUGGUGAGCUCAGCUCACUCCCGCUGGGCCCGACAGCACUGGACACCCGGCCGCUGCAGUCCUCUGCCCUGCUGGACAGCAGCAGCAGCAGCAGCAGCAGCAAUAGCAGUUCAUCCGGACCCAACCCUUCUACCUCCUUUGAGCCCAUCAAGGCAGACCCCACAGGCGUUCUGGAACUCCCCAAAGAGCUGUCAGAAAUCUUCGAUCCCACACGAGAGUGUAUGAGCUCGGAGCUGCUGGAGGAGCUGAUGUCCUCAGAAGUGUUUGCCCCCCUCCUCCGCCUUUCUCCGCCCCCUGGAGACCACGAUUACAUCUACAACCUGGACGAGAGUGAAGGUGUCUGUGACCUCUUUGAUGUGCCUGUUCUCAACCUCUGACUGACAGGGAUGUGCCCUGUGUGGCUGGGACACAGACUGUCUGACCUAGGGGCUGCCUGGGGAACUCCCCCCACCCCACCCCUACACAGCUUGUGAACCACAGCCUUCCCUCAGUGCACAGUUCUGGCCACAACUCCCACUCCUGCACUGGCACCUGUAUUGUGCUGGGAGAGCAGUGUAAAAGGGCUCAGCCCCCUCCACCGUGGAGCCAAAGUGUUUGCCUUUCCUUUUCUGGGGCCUUCCCCCACCUUGUGCCAUCCCCGAGCCCUCCCAGAGCCCAGGCUCAGCUGCCACCCAGUGGCACAGAACUGAAGACCCGCCAUCACCCUAUCGGUCAGCUUGUCCAGCCCCUCCCCCUUCCAGGAGGGAAGCUGGGGUGGAGCUGGACACUUGCCAGCACCACCCCUAGCCUCCUUCACGUCUCUUCACCCCCUAACCCUACAGCUCCUCCUGGGCCUCUCCAUGUGCCCCCCUUGUGUGGGGCCCUCAGCCCUGAGAACGUGUAGGUGUGGGGGUGCUGACAGGAAGGAACAGAGGUCUCUAGCUAGGAAUCUGGGUGGGUGAAUGCCUGAGGAUUGGCCCAACCUCCCGCUGUCCCAUAGCCCCCUGUCUUGUUUAUUCAUUUACCGUCAUUUAGAGCCAUUUGCAGAGACUUAGAAAGAUUUGCAGUAACGAAUGGAUUCCUAUAUAAAGAUUAUUUUUAUACUUUUUGCAGCAAAAGGAAAUUGUAAUAUUUGUACAGUGUCCAAGUGAAUAAAGACCGUGCCUAAGGCUA